AUGUGUACUUUGAUCAGACAGAGAAACGUUUGGACUUGAGUGGCAGUUUCAAAGUUCUUUACUUCGGUCCGAAUCUAUACACUAAUAACAAUCUUCUUCUUCCUUCGUCCUCUGCUUUCUGAUUUGGCGCCACCACUCUCUCUCUCUCUUACUCUCAGUUAUCUUUUUUUCGCGCAACUUUCUCACCGAUCCCCCUGAGUUUUUCUUGAGUGUUCAGUCUAAAAGUGGAUGAAAGAAUCAUCUAAUAUCUUCUAAGGUUCAUGAGGAUAGAUAUUCCUCUGGAAAAGAACGGCCCGUUACAAACGGCUCCAAGACCACCAACCAUGGAGAGGGUUCAGUGCAGCUCAAUAUCCCAUGCUAUCUUGCAAUUCACUUUGAGAAAAGGUAUCAGUCUGUUUCAGUUUGUAGUUGACAACAACGUUCUUGCCGCCACCAUGAAGAGUUCAGAUUCUUCCACGCGGUCUUACACAUUGUACACCAUCAAAGAAGUGAAGAAGAACAAGACUGGAAACUGGCUAGGCCGCCACAAAACCGACCAUCCAUUCAUACAUACGGUCAUCGGUCAGAUGAAGACUAACUCAGACUCAGCAACUCACAGAUCAGAAUCUGUUUUGUUCGGUGUUGAGACCAACAAAGAGGUUGCGGCUAUUGUUCAGACAAGAAACAGAGUUCAGAAACAGAGCACAGCUACUGUUAUACUCCCAAGUGGAGUUCACACGCUUCCCAAAGACGGUGGUAACACAACCCCUUUGCCCUUGAUUAAACGGUGGGAAUCCGGUGGAUCAUGCGACUGCGGUGGAUGGGACAUCGGUUGCAAACUCCGUGUCUUGUCUAAUGAUCAUCAUCAUCGUACAAAGUCUCAGUCUUUCUCAAGCUUUCAACUGUUUGAUCAUCAGGAAAGAGAUGAACCAGCGUUCAAGAUGUUGACACACGACAAUGAACUCCACUCGGUUGAGUUCGGUUCAACGGUCUCUCUGUUGGAAGCGUUCUUUAUCUCGUUAGCAGUAAGCAGUCAUCAGAAUUGGUGUGAAGAGGUGGAGGAAGCAGUUUUGAUGGGAAAUGGUCUUUUGAAGAGACAAACAUCGACCAAGUACGCAUCAAACCCACCGGUUUCUCCAAUCGGUCGGGUCUAGUGGCAGUGUCAUCUGGCUGAGCUUUAAUACUACUGUAGUUAAGAGUUUACAUAACAUAAUACUCCCUCUGUUUCAUAAUAAGUGUCACUCUGAACUCAUUUUCUUGUUACACAAAAAGUGUCACUUUACAAUUCCAAUGUAAAUUAUAUUAACUUUCAGCUGAAAAUUAAUUGCAA